GCAAUUUCGCUGAAUAUUUGAUCCAGGAAACGAAAUUAAAUGGAAAAAUUCGAGAUUCGGGGAUCUUCGUUGGCCAGACAAUAAUAUUCGUUAGCAGACAUAGGGAAUAUCACGUUCUGUCACGUUCGAAUGACAAGCAGGUAUUCAUACUAACCAGGGUGCCGGAAGUGCCAUCCUCGACUUGCACUUUCGCCCACGAUGAGGAACGGCCUCGAGGAACGUGACACGGUGGACGACUCGCGAUGGAAGCGUUAUUUAACGUCGUUCCCCGUGGAUUCGUGGCUUCUUUGAGAGAAUAGGACCCGGUUGUGGAAGGAACCGGAAGCGGAGAAUGCGAGAAUCGACCGCGAGGGCGUAGAUAGGUCGAACGGUGUGUAUCGUUCCGACGCGGUGUUCCCGUUUUAUGGUUUCUGCGGGACAGGGCGAAGGAAGAGGCAAGAAUCAUGAGGGAUAAAUUUGCAUUCAGCUCGGGGGUGCCGGACAUGCACGAGACCCUGUCCAGUUUUUCGGAACAGUUCAGGGACGGGCCGACGAAACCGGAAAUAAAGCCGGAAACAGCCAAGGAGUCGGAGAGCACCGAGGAGCCGAAGUGCGGUUGGUUCUGGUUCAGGCCAAUGUACCUGCAGAGAUUUCGAACCGCGAAAUGGGCGCUUUUCUGGUUGUGCUGGACGGGCGCGAUACAAGGUAUGGUGGUGAACGGUUUCGUGAACGUGGUGAUAACAACCAUAGAAAGGAGAUUCGGCCUGAGGUCGUCGCAAACCGGCCUCAUAGCAGGCGGAUACGACAUAGCUAGUUUCCUUAUCCUCGUCCCAGUGAGCUACUUGGGUGGACGCUCGAAAGCUUCGAAACCGAGGUACAUAGGCAUAGGUGUUCUAGUCUUAGGCUUAGGAAGUCUGCUCUUCGCGUCUCCUCACUAUAUUGCUGGACCAUACAGAGGAGGCCAGCAGUCGGAGAACAUAUGCCAGAGGGUGACAAACACAUCGUCUCGUUCGCUGUCCUGCAACGGGUCCGCGGGCCAAGUGGAUCAGGAACCAUACAGCGGGUUGUACUUAACUAUCUUCCUCAUGGCUCAACUCCUGCACGGCGCUGGCUCCGCCCCCUUUUAUACCCUCGGAGUUACGUUCAUAGACGAGAACGUGUCGAAGAAGAUGUCCUCUGUGUAUGUAGGAAUUUUCUACACAAUGGCCAUAAUAGGGCCUGCGUUAGGCUACGUGGUCGGAGGCGAAUUGCUGAAGCUGUACACAGAUUUUAUCACCGUGGAUCCGUCAGAGAUUGGCUUAACACCGAACAGCAACGUAUGGGUGGGAGCAUGGUGGAUAGGCUUCCUAGCUGCAGCAGUCAUAUGUUUCGCCAUUGCAAUACCAAUUUUGGCAUUCCCAGCAGCAUUACCUGGUUCAGAGGAACUGGCCAAAGAGAGGGUAUCAGAGGCACACCAGAAGCCGAAGCAAUCGUCCUCGAGCGAGCGGGGUGAGGCGUUCUCGAAAAUACGCGAGCUACCCCGUGCUCUGACCGAUCUGCUCGGUAAUCCGGGCUUUUUCAUGUUGAAUCUGGCAGGUGCCAGUGAAGGAUUGCUUAUCGCCGGCUUCGCUGCGUUCCUGCCGAAGCUGAUCGAAAAUCAAUUCAACGUCAGCGCUAGCUCCGCCGCGUUACUAAUGGGUCUGGUCACCGUCCCUGCAGGCGGUGGCGGUACCUUCCUCGGUGGUUAUCUCAUAAAGCGUUUUAAUUUGCCAUGCUCCGGCAUUUUAAAGUUCUGCUUGCUGGCCACAGCCUCCUGUAUCGCCUUCACUCUCUGCUUCGUACUCAAUUGCCCGAAUCUGAACUUCGCCGGUGUCACCGUGCCCUAUUCGGAUCAAGCCAAGAAGUCUUUUUCGUUGGACAGCACAUGCAACAAUGGCUGCGGCUGCUCAAGAUCAGAGUUCAGUCCAAUAUGCGGCGUUGAUGGGAUCACGUACUAUUCCCCAUGUCAUGCAGGAUGUUAUCAAGAAACGCGGAUAAAUAACGUCGAAGUGUAUUCAGACUGUCCUUGUAUACGUGCGCCAUCGAUGAAUCUGACCGCCGGUGACGGAGUGAUCAGUUACGAGGCAAUAAAUACGACCUGCAAUACGUCAUGCUCUUAUCUGUGGCCGUUCAUCGUUCUAGCAUUUUGCAAUAUGUUCUUGACAUUUCUUUGCACGAUGCCUGCACUUUCCGCGACGCUUCGUGUCGUUCGAGAUGAUCAGAGGUCAUUUGCAUUGGGUAUACAAUGGAUCAAGGUUAGAAUUCUGGGCACAAUACCAGCGCCAAUGGUGUUCGGUGCUCUCAUAGACGACACUUGCAUCUUGUGGAACGAAACCUGUGACGGUGGAGGAUCUUGCCUUGUUUACGAUAAUUUAUACAUGAGCAGGUACAUGCUGGCAUUAGCUUUUAUCGGCAAAGCAGCGUCCCUCCUUUUCUUUUUCCUCGCUUGGUGGACGUACAUUCCGCCAGGGAGCAGAAGAGUCACUCAAAAUUCGCGGGAAGAACCCACGACGACAUUAAUGUUGAACGAUACACAGCACGAGACACCAAUUACACCAGCAACGAUAAAUCCUAUAAUUGAUCCGUAAAUCCCUCAUUCUGGUUAUUAUAGGAAUAUGCGAAUAGUGUACACUUAAUAAUUACUUUUCAAUACCAAGCAACAAACCAAAUCGAAGGGACAAGUUUCUAAGUAAGUUCUUCAACAAGUAGAUGGCACUGCUGCUAGUCAGCUUCAUCAAGUGUCGAUCAUACGACAUUUACCAUCUUCGUCUGAAUAGGUACUUUUCUACUGAAGGUGUAUUAAAAAUAUUUCGGCACAUAGUUGGAUAUAUUCAAUAACCUUGUUUAUACCUUAUUGUAGAGUAACUAGAG